AUGUCUGACUGUGUCCGUCGGCACUCAGGAGACAUUGGAAGUAUGCUACAACAGUGGUACAGGACUGCCUUGUUCUGUCUCGAAGAAGCAGAUUAUAUGAGAAGUAGCACAAUUCGCCCUGUUCAGGCGAUUGCAGUACUUGGCAUGUGCUUCCACAAUUUCGGAGAUUCUGAUCUAUACCGUCAUCUCUGGAGCUGCGCAAUACGAAUCGCACGGAAUCUCGGGCUGGACAGCAUUCAAGCUCCACAUCCCCCUACGGAGCUGGGCCUCGAAGCUCAAAGGCGUCUAUGGUGGACCUUGAUCAUUUGUGAAUGGCUUGCGGUCCCUUACUAUGUGCCUCAAGUAGACGAAGGAGACUUCAAUGUUCCACUGCCUUCGGCAGAAUCUGAUCACGAAGGUCCCCACCCAGUGCUGUAUCACAUAUUCAUGGCACGAACCUCGACUGUCUAUCAUAGAUUUAGAUCAGCACUGCGGGAGGGCACGCGAUCAGUGGCUGAAGUCGUUCGCCUAGCUGAUGAUGAACUAGCAGAGGUCAUCAACACCUUGCCCAACCAUCUCCAACCCGAUAGUGGCAAAACCGAAGAAAUGCAGGAGCUAGAGCUGACCCACCCCUGGAUCAAAUGGCAACGUUUCGACAUCAGUCUCGUGCUUCUGCACCAUCGUAUGCGCAUCAAUCGUUCAUUACAAAAGGAGUGGCUAGCAGCUCCCGGUCUGUAUGAUUGGGCACGGGCAGUGUGUAUUCGUUCUGCUAUGGAUAUCAUCUGGAUUACCCAUAAUUGGGAUCAGCCAGUCGCAAUGCGACGACAAUGGGCUUUGUCGAUGCACAUCUUCGUUGCUGCCAUCUUUCUUCUCAGAGAAUCCCAUAGAGCAAAAGCCGGGGCUGAAGUUGACUUUACGGACGAGGUGCAACUCGCCAUUGAAUACCUGGACGAGGUCAAAUCACGCAACGCCAUAGCAGAGACGGCAGUUGCCAUCCUCAGGUCUUCACUGCAUGAGGCUAACAUGGAGUUACAGUGA